GCAUUCAUGCGUACAUGUUUGUGUGUGUGUGUCUGAAUGUUAUUUGCAUAACAUUCCGUAACAGUUGUGUUUGUGUACUGCUAGUGUGUGUGUAGUUGAGUGUGUGAGUGUUUAUGGGAUUUAAAUGAGUGAGUGUGUGUGUUGAGGGCCUUCUUCCUCUUCUGGUCUCCACUCUGAAAGAGAACUUAGAGCAGUGAUGAUGUCUGGUGAAAUCAUCUACUCCGAUGUUACAUUCACUCGGCAUCAGAACCAAGAUACUGGAGCAGAAAGUGAAGUUUCUAAUGGAGUAGCCGAACGUGAAGAAGAUGUCACAUACUCUGAGGUUAGAAGACCAGGAGGUAGAGCUAGUGAGCAGGAGGAUCCUGGGAAAGGAAGGGACCCUGGCAAUAGUGACCCCACUCCCCCAAUGGGGUCAAAGGCUACAAUCCCUGAUGGAGGGUCUGGGAGAGUUCCCGUGGCGACCCUGGUGUGUCUCUGUGUUCUACUGCUGGGCCUGGCUAUCACUCUGGGAGUCCUCUAUGCUUCCAACAUGACUAGUCUUCAAGCUGAAGGGGCUCGCUUUGCCCAGAUGAAAGACAAUCUAACAGGGAAACUGCAUGACCUGCAAGACAGCUAUAAGAGACUACAGAAUAAGACCCUCAUCAUAACAGUCCAGGAAGAACUGUUCUCCUCGGGUCUUCGAGACUGUGAGGCCAACCUGACUAGGGUCAAAGAUCUCCUGGCAACCAUCCAAGGCAAUCCGAAGGAAUGUAAUGCUGAUACAAAACCAUGUUCUCCUGGCUGGGAGUUCUACAAUGGAUCAUGCUACUACUUCUCUAUAGGCAUACUGACCUGGGAACAGAGUCAGUAUGCCUGCAUCCGUGACGGAGGACACCUGGUCAUCAUAGAGAGUCAGCAGGAGCAGGAGUUUAUAAAAGAAAAAAUUGUGAGAAGCACUGAUUUUGAUAACAGCCCCUGGAUUGGACUGACAGAUAAGAAGCAAGAGGGAGUGUGGGUCUGGAUGGACAAUACAACUCUUGAUGACAGAAUCAAGUUCUGGGACCCAAACACUGAAACAUUUCCAACCCUUCCAGAACCAAAUGACUGGAACCCAGGUGAAGACUGUGCCCGAAUGGGUCAAAGCUGUUCCAGUCGAAUCAAAUGUUGGUUUGACUUUGCAUGUGACCAACCAUGUAGGAGAAUCUGUGAGAGUCGUGCAGUCUGUGAGAGACGCGCAGCCACUUCAUAGUGCUGCCAAAUGGAAUGUAUUGAAUUAGUGACCAGCACAAAGUACUGCAUUGUUGGGCAGUAUGAAGGGCCAGACACAGAUUAAACCUAGUCCUGGACUAAGAAGCAUAUUCAAUAGAGAUUCUCCAUUCAAAGUGUUUCUUAGUCCAGGACUAGCGAUUAAUAUGUGUCCAGGAAACCGACCUGUAAUGUCUCAUUUGGAUUCAUGGAGAGUACUAGCCAUACAAUGAAUAUACCAAGCACUGGAGUUGCACCCCCCAUCCCCCCUUUUGCCCUCAGAACAGCCUCAAUUCAUCAGGGUGUGGACUCUACAAGGUGUCGAAAGCAUUCCACAGGGAUGUUGGCCCAUGUUGACUACAAAGCUUCCCAAAGUUGUGUCAAGUUGGCUGGAUGUCCAUUGGGUGGUGGACCAUUGUUAAUACAAACAAGAAAUAAAACAGCAGCUUUGCAUUUCCUGACACAAUCCAGUGUGCCUGGCACGUACUACCAUACCCUGUUAAAAGACACUUAAACAUUUUGUCUUGCCCAUUCACCCUCUGAAUGGCACACAUAAACAAUCCAUGUCUCAAUUGUCUCAAGGCUUAAAAAUCCUUCUUUAACCUGUCUCCUCCUCUUUAUCUACACUAAAUGAAGUGGUUUUACGAAGUGACAUCAAAAAGAAAUCAUAGAGUUGCAAAGAAAAAAACAUAUCUCAGACUUGCCAAUUAAAAAUAAAAGAUUAAAAUAGGCAAAAAAACACAGACACUGGACAGAGGAACUCUGCCUGGAAGGCCAGCAUCCCGGAGUCACCUCUUCACUUUUGACGUUAAGACUGGUGUUUCGCGCAUACUAUUUAAAAGUUCUUAAGGAUUUUAAGGCUAUUCCAUGCGAGAAAAUGCCAAGAAACUGAAGAUCUCGUACAACGCAGUGUACUACUCCCUUCACAGAACAGUGCAAACUGGCCCUAACCAGAAUAGAAAGCGUAGUGAGACCCCAGUGCACAACUGAGAAAGAGGACAAGUACAUUAGUGUCUAGUUUGAGAAACAGACGCUUCACAAGUCCUCAACUCGCCUGCCAUUAAGUGCUAAGUUAUUCAGUUAUAUUCAGAUAUGCAGGAGUAACAUUAAAACAGAAUAAUAUGCCCCACCAACAUUAGACAAUUAUACAGAUAACACUCAAAUUGCUGAAUCCAGUAAAUUAAAUCAAUGAUGACAUAAUAGUCAGAUUAACUGAUAACUAAAAUAGAGGUGCAGAUGGCAGAUGUGCGUAGAUGUAUAGGUAAUUCAUCUGUGGGGGACUUCUGAGAAUGCGACUGUACAGACUUGUUAGCGCAGCAGAAAGAUCAGCGUACCCCAAAUGUAGAGGUUGUGAGUUUCAAAUCCCAGGUGGGGUCAUAUUGAAGUGAUCAUGUCAAAUGUACAGCAUGUCACUCACCUUAAAACUCAUACACCAUUUAAUUACAUCUCUUGCAAAAAAGACUCAUGUGAAAUGUGCGAUUUCACAUGAAAAUCACAUUUUCACAUGUGAAAUAGCUGUUUUCACAUGUUAAGCUGACAUUUUCACAUCUUGAACCCAUAUGUUCACAUGUAUUAAAUGCACGUUAACACUACCUUUUCACAAAAAUCACGGUUCCACCUCACGUGAAAAUAGAAUUGCAUUUUCACACUUUAGAA